CGAGGAUGUUAUCCGCCUCGAAGCGAGAGAUAUCUGCGCGGUGAACCGUGACGUCUCCUGCGUGAAAGACUUUCCAGAAAUGCGGGACGCUGGCUAGUCCUAGACCUGCAUUGGCCCAGAAGAUCCUAGGUGGAUUGUCAGAACUCGCUUCCUUCCACUUCCUGAAAUGGCGAAAGAGAUUCUUACCCAUAACCAGACGGAACAGGCCGCAACUUCGCGGCAUUCUCACUCUUCGAAUACCCAGCAUGCAUGUCUGCAAUUCUGGUAACGUUCCUCCAAAAUACCUUCGUACACGCCCUUCCCACCUUCGUCCGUUGCAGAAACCGAUACCAGAUCCCUUUGGUCUGCAUGAUACAAGGACUGAACUUGGACAUCGCCCUCGUCGCCAUGAUAUCCACGGUAUUGAACACUUUAAACAUCCUCGGAGGCAUGAUGGCUAGCGGUCCACUCCCGUCCGCACGGAUGAUCCAGUCGACCUUUUUGCCCGCUUUGAGAAGCAUGAAGACUGUAUCGUAAGAGGAUUUCGCUCCCCCGACUACCGUUGCGUGCGAGAUAUUCUGGAGAGCGGAGAGGUUCUGUCCCACGGCUGAGGAGUGGAUUACUGGUUUCGUGAACCCCUCUGAAGGCCAUUUUGGAACGUAUGGUUUGGAGGUUGCACCCGUGGCAUAGAUAAGUUUCUCACAUACAAUAUCCGGUUUCCCUUCAAUCGUCAGUCUCCACCCAUCAUCCUCUUUUUCUGCGGUAGUGACGCUAUUUCGAAGACGUGUCCGCAUGGAGAGACCAUGGUCCACGGCGAAGGAAUUGAGGUAGUUGUGUAUUGUUUCACCUGGGAUAUAGCGGUCUUUGGAGAUAUUCUCUUUCUUCAUGGGGUAGAAGGAGUACUCGAAGAGACCGUGGCCUAUUUGAGCGAAUAGGUCGGGGUAGAUCUUUUCUUUGCUCCAUACCCCGCCGAUGGUUGAGCCGUCGUCUAGGAUUAUGAGGUUUGUUGAUGGGGCGAAUUUUAGGUAGGUGGCUGCUGAGAUGAGGCCGUUCCAUCCUGGUCAUGUUAAUAUUUUGUGGAUAGGAGCCGGUAGAGUACGCACCAGCCCCAACGACGACAACAUCGAAGUGUUCUUCCUUAUUCAUGUUGGAUGAUGAUGAAAUUUUGGUCUUCUGAGGCUUUGCAAUGAAAUGUCCUCUUUUUGACAAUCAGCACUACCUUAGCCUCCAUAAGAAUUAAUAGCAUAUACGGAACCACAAAGCCCGUAUAUUCCACCCUUCACAGUUCUUCGGACAGUGCUAAGCGAGUACAGUAAAAUCGAUGCCGUUUCGUGUCUUGGAGUCCCGUGAUGUCCCGUGCCGUCGGGUAAGAAAGGGGCGGAGACGAGCCCGUUCAGCCACGCGGAGUAAUUCUCCGCCUUGGAACGUCAACUUGUUAAUGUUUGAAUUUUUAUCCUGAGGAAUGUAAUUGGGUAGAUUUACGAUGACCGUUCAAAUCAUACAGAGUUGUGUUCGAAGAGGGGCAAUUGAUUGACCUUACGUCCGUACCCGUCGACCCAUUCCGAAAAAAUUCGACUUCCCAUCGGCAGGACGCUCUCGAAGACUUUGGAGGUACGGAUUACUCUGAGCAUUCUGUGUAAUUUCUCUCGUAGACUUCUGUAUUUUUUCAGUCUUCGAUACAGUUUCCCAAUAUCGAACAGAAGUCAACAACACCACCAUCAACAUGAGAAUCCUCCACGCCUCAUUUCUCGCACUCAGUAUUGCAGGCUUCGCAUUACUCUGGGGCGGAAUGGCCAUAAACGGAACACUCGACGCAAUAAACACAGUAAAAGCAGCCCACAAAUUCCCAGACAACACUCCCCUUCGAAAUGUCUACACCCACAUCCCACCCCUCGAUGACUUCCUCACCACCCUCACAGUAUUCUUCUACAACCUGACAAACGGCAAGAACACCGGGCCUAGAUUACUCUUCUGUGAUCUGGCAAUCAUACUCCAAGUCGUCGUCCUCUGGAUUCUGGUGGAAAGUAGAAGGGGGUAUAAUCGAUCGAGAUGGUCUGUUUUGUAAGUUUACAUCUGUCUGAAAUAGACUUUAGUGUUGACAAGUGGUGAAAUAAGGACUCCGGCGUUAUGGGGUGUCAUGAUGAAUGCUUUGGGUGCAGCAUUCAUCCUUCCCAUUUAUUGCUAUCGACACCUUAGGAACGAGUCUUCGCGGCGCGAUAGUGGUCUGAAUGAACACGAGGCAAAAGCGCUGCCGAUCACUAUUCUCAUAUCAGCUACAUUUCCUUCGAUGCUCAUGUUACCACCAAUUCUGAACGCCGCAACCGAAUCGCAACAAGGCUGGAUUGCCCUAUUCCAGGUAACACCGUUACUUUUCUCGCUUGUCCAGAUCACCAACUCAUUAGCCGUCACCGCUUUAGUGAAACAAAGGGAUUCCAAAUCGACGGAGAAGAAAUACCUAAAGAUUUCCUACCUCCUCGCUGGACUCAUCGCAGCCACCGCACAUCUCUCAACCCUAUCCACUUCCCUCUUCAGCACUAACCCCACCAUCUCAUUCGCAACUGUCUUCCUCCCCUGGCACACUACCGUCGACCAAUCCACUCCCACCGGCCUCGCAAUGGGCGCACACCUCUUCACGCAAUUCGAUUUCCUUGUUAUCACUAUAACAUGUGGUGUUUACGCAUACGCACUUCUCGAACCACUGAUGAAGCGUGAACGGCAUAUCGCGUUAUACAAGCAGCCCAGCAUUUUCAGGGAUCCAAUAGUUGCGGGGAUAUGCAUUGCAGGAAGUGCCUUUUUAGUUGGGCCCGCGGCGAUUGUAUCUUUUGCUUUUGCUGGGAGGGAGGGUAGGGUGAGGAAGGUUGUGGGGAAGAUGAGGUGA